CCGACCUCUGCAGCACAAGCAGGCUGUCCGCCCGAACGGGAAUGGAAUGGCCGUGCUGCUGCACUGGUACCCACAGGAAAGCGAGGCUGCAAGUUCGCCUCUGCCGCCUCGAGCAACUGCACAGAAGAUUUUGAUCCAUGCAAUGGUAAAAGCUCUGUCCACAACUGGCAAAGCAAUGGCAUUGAUAUUCUACACAAACUGGACAUGGAGACUACAAAAAAGUGCAAACUGUCAGACUGGAUGAAAGCCCAAAUGAAUAAUUCAUUUUCAGAUGCAUUAGGCUGCAGCACAGAUGUAACUGGAGAGGAAGAUUACUUAGUUUAUGAUGGAGAUCUAGGAAUAAACUGUAAAUAUAACAAUAAUUCAGAUAAUCUGAAUGCCUGUAGUUGUACAAAAUAUAUUUCUGGUAUUUUAAACUUAGCCUGUUCUGAAGAUAACAAAAAUAUAAAAGCAGCAGCCAAUUAUGAAACUCCUCUACAGCCUGAAGAAUUCUCCAGUCAUCACAGAGGCACCAGAGGAACAACUGGAGCUCCAACUGAAAUGCCUGGAAGUGAAGCUUCCUUUAAGAAGGAAUUACCUGUUGGUAGUUCCAGUAAACCAGAUAGCAAAGAACAUAUAACUACCUCCAAGAUGUCCAAUGUCCUCCUGCGUCAUUUUUCUAGGGGAGAAUUACUAAGCACAUGCCACUUAAUUGAAAGUGAAACAAUACCAGAGAUGUCCUUUACUGAAAGUAUCGAUGACACUGGGAGCAAACCUGAGCCUUCAGAACACAUCAAAGGCCCUCUAGUGCAUGAACAAUGGGCAAUGAGCUCCGAGGAGCAUCCAUUAGAAAACCACAAGGAAGUAAAGGCUCGUGACAAAAAUGGAAACCCGUUAAAUGAAAAUAGAUCUGUUUCAAAGAAAUAUGUUUUUUCUUCUGGUCAGUGUGGGUGCCGACAAGAAUAUUCACAACUGACUAAUGAGACUGGAAGUACACAGAGCUUUGAAAACAUGAAAGAUGAGAGAGCCCUGUUUAAGAAAACAGUUUCACCUUGUGAGCUCAAAUAUGGGCAAGGGCAAGCUCACUAUUGCCUUCCUAACUUCUCUGAAGUUGCAGUACUGAAAAAACCUGACCAUAUUACCUCAGUUCCUUCAACUGAGAGAGUAAAACCCUUUCCUAUUUUGCUAAAUAAAUCAUUAACUGUGAACAGCAUUUUGGAAAAUAAUAAUUACUUCAAUUCUGCUGAAGUAGACAAUCAAGAAGAAAGGAGUAUUUCAGAACUGCUGCAACAGCUUCAGGUACUUCCUCAGUCAGACUUCACAAAUGCUAUUUCCUCAGGACACACUAGGACACCACCUGAUGCCAUCAUGUUACGUGCUCCUGUCCCUGUGCAACCUACACGUGGUUUGCUUAAAGCAAGACUGCAGCCUGGAACAGCACUACCAGCAGCUGGGACAGUAGAAGCACAGUGUCUAAAUCCUUCUGAUUCACUGCCAGAACUAACACUAGGAGAAAAGAUGUCUCAAAUACUAAAGGAUCAGACAGAGCAACUGACUAAGAAAGUGGAAGACUUCUCUAAGCAUAUGAUCCAGGAAACACACUUUUUGCAAGACAAAUAUCUGGCAUUAAAUCAACUGAAAAGAUACCUUGAUGCCUUGGAAAGAAAUUAUUUAAAAGCUAGAGAAGAGCACCACAACUUACAGCUGCAGAACUACAAGGACAAGCCUAUCAACCUUGGAGAGUUUGAUCCUGAGAGAAGGGUGGAAGGAGAGAUAUUCAGGCUUGGCACGCUGCUUGAAGACAUUCAAGAACGAAUCGAUGGCAGCAAAGGCGGCCUUUCAUCGUUACUGACUUCCUGUCAAUCUGCUCAGUCUUUCUGUGAGAGCUCAGCAGUUUCAAGCACUGCUGAUUUUCCACAAAGAAGAGGUACCGAAACUCCAUCUUUUCACAAGAACUAUGAUGGAGAAAGAAAUCAGACAACUGAUGUAAUCCCACCAACAAAUCAACUUUCUUUAGAAGGCAAAAAAUGCAAUCUUUGUCUUCACAUAAAUACAGAUAUCCCGGAAAGAAAAACUGGAACAUCUCCACUCUUCAUACAGAGAAAACCAACUGAUUUAUCAGAUACCAACCUGAGCAGCGAUUCAGAGGACUUCUCAGCCUGCGAUUCUUAUAAUGAUUCACAAAGCAAGGACCUUGUCAACUGUGACACUCUAAGUUACAAAUCAUUAAAUACAAGAUUAUGUGGAGAGAGAAAAGGACUUAGAUGCAAAUGCCCCAGGGGAAGCAGAGAUCAAGUAAAACUCAGGAAUUACAAAGAGUCUGUUCAGUCUUGUACCUUAUAUAGAAAAAGCAGCUCUGGUUCAUCCUCUUAUUCACAAAAGAGAAUCUCCACCCAGAAGACUCAAAAAACCAAGCAGCCAGGUGAAGCUGUAACCAGACUUUGUGAAAGGAAAUCCUUUGAGGCUGCCAAAACCUGCUGUUCAAGCACAUAUGAUAAAAUUAUCCUUUCACAUCAAUACCUACCCAGUAAGAAAUCUGCCCAAAGAAAAUCUGCAAUCAACAUCAGAAACACCAAUGAUUCCUAUGUAAAUGUUUUAACUUCUACUCUGGAUCAUGCCAUAGAGACAGCAAACAGUUUGAAGAAAGCUACAGAGCGAAUGGUACAAGCAGUUUCAGAAGAUCUAGCUAAAGCUAAAAGAAAACCAUUUUAAUUAUCUAGUUCAAAUGCUAUAUUGUUCUGGUGGUUCAUGCUGUUAGUAGCAUGUUCAAGUGUUAGUAUCUCUGCAAAAAUAAAAUCAUGAACACAAACAUGAAAAAGUCAGCUAACUAACUUUGUCAGCUGUUCUGUACCUAUUAAUACUAAACCAAACUAGAGCAUAUAGGUAUUCCGUAUUUACACUCAGUCUUAGAACUGUAAAAGAAAUUAUUAAUUCUACUGAAGAUCUUUAGGAGGUUGGCUGAUCCCCAUUACUGUGUACAGAUACCUUCUCCAAGUAUUCACUUAAGACAGCUUAACAAAAAUUGGCUUAAACACACAAAAUUAACUUUCAGACUUGUAUUUUCUCCCCAUUCCCCAAGUGUGAGAAUAAACCUCAGUCAUUACUACAUAUCAUUUCUUCCCAUAUUUGAACAGCAGCUGCUUAAUCACACCAAGAGAAAACAGCCUCUGUACCUGAGACAUCUAGAAGCAAACAUCAUGUUAACAUACCAAGUCAUAGUCAACAUUUGGAAUUAUUUUGGUUUUAGGGUGCCCUACAUUGUUUAAGAAACAUCCUUGUCUGUUGCAAUGUCGGAAUUACACAAUUUGUUGUUUAUGUGCUAGGAACAAUUAAAUUGGUUCCUUCAAUGUGAUGUCCUUAACUUCUCAGAUAUAUCUGGCUUUGACAUUUUAGCUGAUAGUAAGUAGCUUGGAAAAUUUUUAAAUACUAUAGAAAUUCAGUAAGCCAAGAAAAGUCAUCUAUUAUUUUCCUUCUAACAUCCAUUUAAUUGAAGUGACUAAAGAGAAACAGUAAAUAGCCUUGUUUUAUCAGGAAUGCUAUUCACUGAAGGCAAAGUACAUAAGGACUGAUGAAAACCAAAUUAGAAAUGGCAGUACAUGCCUUAAAAAGGACAGUCAUUUUCAGGCAAACCUGAGCAAUUUCAUCGGUGGUGGAUACAGAAAUAAUACAGAUUGUUCAGACAAGCAGUGACAGCUAAACUCACUGCCAUGUGCCACUUACUCACUAGCCUGAGUCAACAGCUUUUUUUAGGGUCUCUUCCACCCUUCACAGCAAACAAUAUCAUUCAACUCUUUUCCUCCUUAGCCUCUUACUGUAUAUCCUUAUAACUUCAUUUGCCUCUGCUUAUUAUCCCUGAUUUUGCUUUAUUUAUUUUAAUGUUUGGAAUGUCCCCAUUAUUUGCAAAUGAACUUAAUAAAUAACUACUGCAGCUUCCUAAAUGCAAUAAAGAUUCAUCUCUCACAGAAAUCUCUCCACAUCACAAGAACAGCUUGUUCUACACCUUUUGUUUAUCCUGGAUCCCUGCACCUGCUGUCCUGUGCCUGACAGCAACUGCCUAAGAAAGAUCAGACUGAAUAGGACAAUCACAUAGUGAUGUCAGAACAUUCUCUGACAAAUUGAAAACCAAGAAGCCCUCCAAAUCAGCAGUAACAUUUAUAUAUAUUAGCCCUACAAAUACUUGUCUUAUGUUGAGGAUAUUUUUCCUCAUAUAACAAUUUACGUUAUGUCAUUACUGCAUGACAUCUUGGAUAUUAAAGGUCCUUUAGUUCUGAUUUGACAGCUGCAGGUUUCAUGUGUUACUUCACAUACUGAUUAGAAAGAUAAUCCUUCAGUCGGAAUACUAACAGGAUUUCUGUGGCUUCCAUCACACACUCCACCAUGAUUUUUUUAACCUUGGUCAAGGGGAAAAAUGUCUAGCCAUUCUUGACAUGAAGAUUGUUCUAUCCCUUUGAUUUUCCUUAGUAAUUUCUGAAUCUUGUCCAGAUUUCCAGAUUCAACUUUAAAAAUCAGCUGCUGGGCCCACAUGUAGGAUAAGGUCAGUAUUUUAAUAUGCAUAACAUGAAAAUAUGAACUUUCAAAAUUAUACUAUACAUUGUACAUGCACUCUGAAAAACUAAGUUUUUGUUUAUCCUGACAGAAUUCUUUCCCAUCCUUGAUAAUAUCAUUCUUGAUCUAGAAAAAAUGUAGCAGAGAAGAUCCUUGGGAAAAAAAACCCAAAUGUCUUGAAUAGAACUUCCACCUACCCCCUUCACACCAAUAUGUAGCUCAAAACAGCUUGUAAGAUGUCCUAUCAUAAAGCAUGUUUAUUAUUCCACCUUUUCAGUAACAUUUGGCUUUGCUUUGCCUGAUGGAAAAGGAGGAUAAGGGAUACAAAAAAAACCCAACAGAUUAAGACUUGAGUUAUCAGCUAUCAGGCUGAGCUGGUGAUAGGCCUGAAGCAAAGACAUAGGAAAAGACUACUCCUGAAUAUACAUAAGUAAUCCAGAAUUGUGAGCUUGUAUUUCUUCAACUCUAUGAAAUUAAAAAAUAUCAACACAAUUUAUUUCAGUAGUAUAUAAAAUCCAUUAUUUCAGUCCUUAACUGUAACACUAAUAUCUGCUAUUUUCUUCUGUACUUAACUACUUUCCAGCUUUAGGAAUUGGAAAAGAAAUUGCACCUACAUAUAGCUGUUAAAACAAAUUUGGGAUCUUCUUGCCAAAGGUGUAAGAAAUACAUAUAAUUUUGGUGUAAUUUCUCAGUACUAAUUUCAAAGUGUGCAUAUUUCAUAGGACAACAUUGAACACAGCAUUUCUUAGAUAAGUAUUUUUACUCUGGAUUUCUACAGUGAUAGUGUUAUAAACUAGAAUUCACAAAACCAACACAGAUAUUUCUGCUGCAUUUUUUAAGGUUGUGAUGUACAUGGUAUUUGAUGAACCAGAUGAUUUAAGUGUUGCUCUGUAGCCCCACUGAAAAAGAUUGUCAGUGUAGAAUCAGUUCCAAACUCAUUUAGGUGCAUUUGAAAGCUACUUAUUCUCAUCAUUCCCCAUGUCCUGCAACAUUUCCGAAUCAUGUCACAUUCUCCCCUUUCAUUCCUCUAUGAUGUAGGGGGAGAACUUGACCUUUUUCCACCUUCUAAUUAACUCUGAAUGAACUCAUCUAGCAAAAACAUUCUCUUAAAGUACUGGUUAACCUGAGAGCAAAAAAUAAAGGGAAAAAAUCCAAAAUCACAAAACAAAAAAUAAAUACUCAUCAUUGGAAAUAAUGUAAACAAAAGGACAUAAGUAAUCUAUUUUUCAUUAUAACAUUUCUCUUGGAUUCUACAUACAACAAACUAAUAUUUCAAGACACAUAAAUACAACAGCCCUUUAAAAGAUCAGUAAUUUUAAUUAAUUUUUAAAGAGAAAUCUAAACAUUACCAGUAUUACAGAACUCAUACAAUUUGAUUUUUUAUUGUCUUCAAUGCAAAUUUAAGUAUUUAUUUCUUAGUAUAUAACAAAUUUUUUUAAAAAG